GAAUGCAGUCUGGUAAACAGACAUGGAAGCACCAGGUGAAGACCUCCACAGCGGCUGAGCACUGCACUCGGUCUUUCCCACCGUCUUCUGUCUCUUUCGCCCAGUGCAUCCAGCUGAUAUAUAUCUGCCUGGUGUCACGUUUACGUCUACAGCAUCCAGAGCCUUGACUUCCCCAAGUGUGUGUGGCAGCCAGGGAUCACCCAAACUGAUGAGGAUCGGCUGAUUGAGUUAAAAAUAAGUUCCUUUUUUCUUAUUUUGUUAAGCGGAAAGAAUGUCGGAAAGGGCCGAGGAUGACGUCAGGGGGGAGCAGCGCCGAGCGGCCAGGCAGCAGCUGAAGCAGCAGCAGAUCCAGCGGGGAGAAGGCUCCACAGCAAUGGCGACUGUUGCGGAGCGGAGAUCCUUACCUAGUCCAGAAAUAAUGCUGGGACAGCCUUGGAGCAACUGGGUCGACGCCGCCAAACUCCACGGCAACGACGGUGCUGAAUCGGAGGAAAGUUUCAAAGACUUCGGGAAAAAUCGAGAAGCCAUGCGUUUGUGCAGAGAAGACAUGCCCAUAUUUGGUCAGUGUCCCGCACAGGACGACUUCUACCUGGUGAUGUGCAGCCACUGCGGUCAAGUAGUCAAGCCCCAAGCCUUCCAAGCACACUACGAGAGAAGACACAGUUCAGCCAGCAAGCCAGCCUCCACCUCGCCCUUCCCUGUGCCAGGCAGGAACCGGAGCAGCAGCAGUGGGCUUGGAACUGGGCUGGGCUCAGGGUCUGUAGCUGGAAUGGCGACCGGAGGCAUCCUAAGCAGACCUUCCACUGCUGGAUCCAACUUAUCCUCCUCAACUUCCUCCUCGUCCUCCAAUCCCAAACUACUCAAACCAGCCAAAGAGAAGCUGCCAGGCAUUCAGCGAAGACCCCCCUUUCCACCCUUCAGGAUGCUCCAACCGGACAAGACACACCUCACCCCGGCUGUCAAGGUGGAGAAGAUGCACCUGAGGGUGGACUCGUCAACUAAGCUGGUGCAGGCCCCAUCUGCCCCCAACACCACCUCAUCCUCCUCCACAUCCUCCUCUAGCACCACUGUGAGCUCCAACACUACCACCAUCACCACCUCCUCCUCAUCAGCCCUUAAACCAGGCCUUAACUGUCCCUCCAUACCAAAGCCUCCAUUACUGGCCCCUGGUCAGAUUCCCAAUGGCAAGGGCCACCUCUCAGUCCUCUCGGACAAGAAGCAGGACAGCAGCAGCAGUGCCAGUAGCAGACGCCACCUCAGCAAGAAAGUAACAGAACGUGAGUUCAAUCCGGAUAUCCACUGUGGCGUUGUGGAUAUGACAGCUCGGAAACCAUGCACAAGAUCUCUAACAUGCAAGACACAUUCCUUAAGCCAGCGGAGGGCGGUGCCAGGGCGGAGGAAGCGGUUUGACACACUGCUGGCAGAGCACAAGAACAGAACAAGGGAGCGGGAGAGGGAGAGAGAACUCCACCAACCCCAUUCCCAGCAAAACCCCCCUCUCAGGGACCCACACCCCUCCUCCCACCUCGCCGCUGCCCAUGACCCCCACCAGGUGGCUCAUGGCAACGGCCCCGCCCCAGAAGCCACUAAGCCUUCGCCACUCGGCAAGCCCAAAUUUCACAGCCCUGGUCUUCCACGACUAAACAGCAGUCACGGAGGUGGUACCCCCGGAGACCCUGCAGUAGUCCAUGAGUCACCACACCAUCCCCAAACUACCCCCGAUGGGUUUUCCCGACCCUCCAGCGAUGAGGGAGAGAACGAGGAGCGGGAGGACAACGCUGACAAACUGGACUGUCACUAUUCAGGUUAUCACCCUCGACCGGCAGCUUACUGUACCUUUGGAAGUCGACUGUUUGGGAGAGGCUGUUACUCCUUUGACCGAAGAUGGGACAGAGUGCGAUGUGCCCUAACCACAAUGAUGGACAAGCACGUUAACUCUCAGAUGUGGAAGAAAAUCCCCUUGGCCUUGGAGAACUCCUCCUCCGUUGCACCUACCCAUAGGACAAGCACAAACUCCCAUGGUAGCACUCCCUCCUCAGGCUUCCUGGGCCCCCCUGCCACCUUGCCCCAGACUCCUUAUAGCCAAUCCUACGAGGGCAAAUCAGUGCUCUCCUAUGGGACCACCUUAAAUGCCCGCAGCUCCCCACAGGGUGGGGCUGAGCACCCGGCCUACGGCACCACGCAGGCCCGACAAGUGUCUUCGUUGCCGCAGAUGCCUUCAGCCCACUCGUCCUCAUCCUCUUCAGCUCCUUCCCUAGCCUCAGGCCGGGCGCUCAAGUCCCGCUCCUCCAGCAGCAGCACUACCAAGUCGUCAUCGUCCUUCAGGCCCAAGGAGAUCUCCUCUGGCUCCUCCACACCUGUCAUUCCCAACUCCACUGGUGGGGGCAGCAGCGGAGCCAACAGUAACAGUAGCAGCACUAGCUUCAGCUCGGGGAAGAAGAGGAAGAACAGCUCUCUCCUCUCUUCAUCCCAUGGCUCCUCUGAAUCCUCCUCUUCUAAUGCCAACUACUCUUCUUCCUCCUCCUCCUCUUUCAAGAAGAACUGUGCAAAUGUCAGCAGCUCAGGGAGCACCUACCACCACAGCUCAUUAGGUUCUGCAUCCUCAUCAUCAUUAUCCUCCUCCCACAGCGGAGUCCACAGCGUGGGGCUUAACUGUGGCCCCACUGUGCGGACCAACUCGCUUAGCCUCAAGGCCGAGUCUUCUGGAGGUUCAGCAGGCGGCUCCUCAGGGCCCCCUGCACGAGGUCCUCCCUCGGGCAGCCCUGCAGAAUCCAUCAAGCGCAUGAGUGUGGUGAUGAACAGCAGUGACUCCACCCUUUCCCUGGGGCCUUUUGUACACCACCAGUCCUCAUCCUCAUCUGACCACCACACCAGCUUCAGCCACCACUCCACAGACGGGCGUUUGGAGGGCAAGAAGCGCAAAAGUUCCCCUGUCUCCAGCAGCAUUAAUAGUGGGGGUGGGGCAGGAGGGCUCGGAGGAGGGGGACCCGGUACAGGUAGACCCAAAGUGGCCAAGUCACCUGCCAUUAACAACAUCCAUGGGAAGCAUGGGCGGAGCAUUCCAGGGACGCCAGGGCUGCCCAACAACUCCCAUUUACAUCAGCCAAAGGCUCGUCCCUGACAGCGGUGUCCGGCUUCAGUGUAUGGAACCGGCAGGCGGAUGGGGAAUAGUCCGGAGCAGUCCGCAUACUGCUCUGGACUGCACGAGGCCUUUUAAAGUCAAACCCACAUUACUCUCAGCUUCCCACAAUCCUCAGGGUGGAGAUGAUCUGGACUGCCCAGUGAAGUCAAUGUGGUCCUUACUAAUUCUCCCAAAGCCAUGUGUGCGUGCG